CCAUUUAAGCUGCGAACGUUUUCCACAGAAGACACGGACAUGAUUUUAUACUUAGCAAUAUUUCUACGUGUUGUCGUGUUCGCUUUUGCACAAGGCGGAGUACCUGACAACUUUCUGCUAUUCACAGAUUCAAACAGGGAUGCCAUAUACCGAAUGGAUAUUGCUACAAUGAGUUAUAUAUCAAUCCCAGUUACUCGUGUAAGCAACCCGAUUGCCAUAGAUUAUGACUAUGUAGAGAAUCGUAUAUUCUGGACUGAUGUUGUUCUUAAGCAGAUAAAUAGUAUUCACAUGAAUGGAACGUCUGAAAGAACAAUCAAGACUGUACCAGGGUCUUUUCUGGAUGGUAUGGCAGUAGAUGCCGUAUCGCGUUUGGUGUUUUAUACGGACACUGGAAAUGAUCAGAUAGUGAAAAUGAAAAUGGAUGGUUCUGAUGCUACCGUAUUAUUUAGUUCCAGUCUACAUGAACCGAGGGCAAUAGUGGUUGAUUCAAGGAAAAGGAAACUGUACUGGACAGAUUGGGGUGCUAGAGCAAAGAUUGAGACUGCAAAUUAUGAUGGUUCAAAUAGAAAAUCGAUUAUAGACACAGGUUUGGUGUGGCCAAAUGGCAUCGCAGUGGACCAUGAGGAUGAACUUAUUUACUGGUGUGAUGCCUCGACAGACAAAAUAGAAAAAAGCAAUAUUGAUGGCACAAACAGACAGCUUAUUCAUUCGGAGACAGGAAGGCAUUAUUUUGGAAUCGCCCUAUACAAGAGCACUCUGUUCUACACAGACUGGACAAAAACUUCAGUAAUGAAUAUUUCAAAAAAUGGUGGUGCUGUCACAACGUUCGGUCCUUCAGUAUUUGGCAGACUCAAUGAUAUUCAUGUUUACAUCAAAAGCGAAAUAGACGAAUGCACGUCGUCUCCGUGUAAGAAUUACGCUACCUGCACGGACAAAGUCAAUGGCUAUGCAUGUACUUGUCGCCCUGGAUAUAGUGGUACAAACUGCGAAACUGACAUUCAAGAAUGUGAGUCUUCCCCAUGUCAAAAUAAUGGAUCGUGUACAGACAACAUCAAUGGGUAUACGUGCACCUGCGAUAAAGGAUAUACUGGGUAUAACUGUGAAGGUGACAUUAAUGAAUGCGACUCAUCACCCUGUUUGAACGGUGCUUCAUGUAUAGAUCGUACAAAUGGUUACACAUGCUCUUGCAAGGCUGGAUAUCGUGGUGCAUACUGCGAAACGGACAUUCAAGAAUGUGAGUCUUCCCCAUGUCAAAAUAAAGGAUCGUGUACAGACAACAUCAAUGGGUAUACGUGCACCUGCGAUAAAGGAUAUACUGGCGAUAAUUGUGAAAUUGACAUUAAUGAAUGCGACUCAUCACCCUGUUUGAACGGUGCUUCAUGUAUAGAUCGUACAAAUGGUUACACAUGCUCUUGCAAGGCUGGAUAUCGUGGUGCAUACUGCGAAACGGACAUUCAAGAAUGUGAGUCUUCCCCAUGUCAAAAUAAAGGAUUGUGUACAGACAACAUCAAUGGGUAUACGUGCACCUGCGAUAAAGGAUAUACUGGCGAUAAUUGUGAAAUUGACAUUAAUGAAUGCGACUCAUCACCCUGUUUGAACGGUGCUUCAUGUAUAGAUCGUACAAAUGACAUUCAAGAAUGUGAGUCUUCCCCAUGUCAAAAUAAAGGAUCAUGUACAGACAACAUCAAUGGGUAUACGUGCACCUGCGAUAAAGGAUAUACUGGCGAUAAUUGUGAAAUUGACAUUAAUGAAUGCGACUCAUCACCCUGUUUGAACGGUGCUUCAUGUAUAGAUCGUACAAAUGGUUACACAUGCUCUUGCAAGGCUGGAUAUCGUGGUGCAUACUGCGAAACGGACAUUCAAGAAUGUGAGUCUUCCCCAUGUCAAAAUAAAGGAUCAUGUACAGACAACAUCAAUGGGUAUACGUGCACCUGCGAUAAAGGAUAUACUGGCGAUAAUUGUGAAAUUGAUAUAGAUGAAUGCAAGUCUUCCCCGUGUCAAAACGAGGCUAUAUGCACAGACAGCAUCAAUGGUUAUAUUUGUACGUGUGUUGCCGGGUAUUCCGGUGUUCGCUGCGAGUUUGAUGUAGAUGAAUGUAGAUCUCUCCCAUGCAAGAAUGGCGCUAACUGUACAGAUAAUAUCAACAGUUAUUCAUGUUCUUGUGUGUCGGGAUACACCGGAAUCAACUGUGAAAUAGAUAUAGACGAAUGCACGUCGUCCCCUUGUAAGAAUUACGCUACCUGCAUGGACGAAGUCAAUGGCUAUGCAUGUAUUUGUCUACUGGGAUAUAGUGGUACAAAUUGCGAAACUGACAUUGAAGAAUGCGAGUCAUCUCCAUGCCAAAACAAAGGAUCGUGUACAGACAACAUCAAUGGAUAUACGUGCACUUGUGCUAAAGGAUAUACCGGCGAUAACUGUGAGAUUGACAUUAAUGAAUGCAAGUCAUCACCCUGUCUGAACGGUGCUUCUUGUAUAGAUGGUACAAAUGGUUACACAUGUUCCUGCAAGACUGGAUUUGGUGGUGAUUACUGUGAAACAGACAUUGAUGAAUGCAAGUCUUCCCCAUGUCAACACGAGGCUAUAUGCACAGACAGCAUAAAUGGUUAUAUUUGUACGUGUGUUUCCGGGUAUUCGGGUGUUCACUGCGAGUUUGAUAUAGAUGAAUGUAGAUCGCUCCCAUGCCAAAAUGGCGCUAACUGUACAGACAAAAUCAAUAAUUAUUUUUGUACCUGCGAGUCGGGAUACAUCGGUGUUAACUGUGAAAUAGAAAUAGAUGAAUGCAUGUCAUAUCCAUGCCAGAAUGGUGCCAGCUGCACAGACAACCUCAAUGGCUACAUGUGCACUUGUUUGGCUGGCUUCGCUGGUGUUAACUGUGAAAAUGAUGUAGACGAAUGCACGUCAUCUCCGUGUAAAAAUAACGCUACCUGCACGAACAAAGUCAAUGGCUAUGCAUGUACUUGUUUUCUUGGAUAUAAUGGUACCGACUGCGAAACAGAAAUAGAUGAAUGCAUGUCAUAUCCAUGCCAAAAUGGUGCUAGCUGUACAGACAACAUUAAUGGUUAUAAGUGCACUUGUUUGACAGGCUACGACGGUGUUAACUGUGAAAACGAUAUAGAUGAAUGCACGUCGUCUCCGUGUAAGAAUUACGCUACCUGUACGGACAAAGUCAAUGGCUAUGCAUGUGCUUGUCUUUCUGGAUAUAGCGGUACAAACUGCGAGACUGAUAUAAAUGAAUGUGAGUCAUCUCCUUGUCAGAAUGAUGCUACAUGUAUAGAUAACAUCGAUGGCUACACCUGCAUAUGCCCUGCAGGAUAUAAUGGCUUCAACUGUGAACUCGAUAUUGAUGAAUGCAAAUCUACACCUUGCAAAAAUGACGGAACCUGCACUGACAGUGUCAACAGUUACAUUUGUGAAUGCACAGCUGGAUAUAAUGGGACCAACUGUGAUUUAGACAUGAAUGAAUGUUUUUCAUCACCUUGCCGAAACAAUGGCAAUUGUACAGACAAUAUCAACGGAUACCAAUGCGUAUGUGUGUCCGGAUACACUGGCGUUAACUGCGAAAUAGAUACAGAUGAAUGUGCGUCAUCACCCUGUCAAAACGACGCCAACUGCACAGACAAUUUUAAUGGAUACACAUGUAUUUGUGUACACGGAUAUACUGGUGCUAACUGUGAAUUCGAUAUAAAUGAAUGUGCUUCAACACCUUGCAAUAAUGACGCCAGCUGCAAAGACAAUAUAAAUGGGUAUCAAUGUGCUUGUGUACACGGAUUUACCGGUGUAAACUGCGAAACUUACAUAGAUGAAUGUGCGCCUAUGCCAUGUCAGAACAACGGAACAUGCAUAGACAGAGUGAAUGGAUACACAUGUACAUGUACGGCUGGUUAUGAUGGUGAAAAUUGUCAAAACGACAUAGAUGAAUGCGUGCCUCGGCCAUGUCAGAACAACGGGACAUGCAAAGACAGGGUCAAUGGUUACACAUGUACAUGCAUGGCAGGUUUUGAUGGCGAAAGAUGUCAAAAUGACAUCGACGACUGCAGCUCAAACCCAUGUCGCAAUGACGGAAAUUGCUCUGACGGAGUUAACUUUUACAACUGCACGUGUUUGACGGGUUUCUACGGUGUCAACUGUCAGAACGUAACAAUUAUAAGCGCUUCGGAUAGUAAGCCAGAAUCUACAACAGACAGUAAUUUUUCUGUCAUUUGGUUGAUGAUUGGAGUAGUUCUUGCAGCCGUCAUUCUUAUUGUCGGAGUUGUUGUGAUCAUGAAAUGGAGAGGACUUUCCGUGUUUAAUCGAAAUGGUCACUCAGCACAACAAUGCCCUUCUGGAGAAUCCUUUGCUGUACCAUCGACUCAAGCACACGAGAAUCCGUUGUAUUUCGGUAACGACACGUAUCUCUCUGAAGAAGCCGAAAUAGAGGAGCCCACAACAUUUAGCACAUCUAAAGGGAAUAGUGACUCCAAAGAAAUGUCAUGUGAGUAACCUAAAUGCGAAAGGACGUAGUCAGGAACAGAUUACAGCAGGUUUCUCAGUGAAAGACAAUAGAUAAACACCAGAAUUAAUAUUAUUUCCUUACUAUAGUUUGAACUAAAUCUUUAUUGACAGUCUAUUUAGAGUUGCUGAUUUGCUAUCGUAUUUUUAUAUAUAUUAUUAUUUCUCUAUUCUUUCUUUUCAUCACUUAUACUAUUUAUAUCUUUAAUGUUUUGUUAUUUAAAGGUACUCUUAUUAACCAUUAUUGUAUCGUUUAAAAAACAUUUACAUGAAAUGUUAGUUACGUUAUUGUGCUGACUUGUCCUAAUUUUUGUUUUAUCCGCUCACAAAUGCCAAUACAUUGUUGCGUAUUUGUAUAUUUGGCUUUACAUUUUCAUAGAAUUAAGAAAUUACGCACUAGUGAUAGCAGUAUGAAACUACUGGUUUGCUUUAUACAUGUUCGUUCGCCCUAUUAUUAGUUCGAGAAUUAACAUUGUUACCAAGUUUAGCGUUUAGAUUAGGCCAGACGCAUUACACCUCCUUGAACACCCCUUUUAUAUAUUUCAGACAUUGAAUGAUAGACGUUCUUGCUAUUCAUGUAAUUGCAAAGGUUUAACGUUGGUCUGGGAAUCUAAAUGAUCAUGAUGUGACAGUCGUAUUGUUCUUGGCAAUUUAUGAAAUUAACACUAAAACGAUUGCCCUGUCAGUUUAUGUCGAACAAUCAACAGGUUAGUUUUAUUUAGGAAAAUCAUUUAUACCAAAUUAAUCAAUUACUUAAAGAUUCAUCUUUUUUUUUCUUCCCGUGUGCGAUAUAUGGUGUAUAUCGUGUUUUACUGGCUACUUUGUAGAAAAAUAUAAAAGUUUAACAAUCAAUGUUUAAACAUUACGAGCACCAAUCGUGGCGAUCCGUGCUCCUAGACAACACGUAAGGUAUCUCAGUACAAUUAUCAAGCAUGCUACAAUCUGGGAAUCCUUGCACAUACAAUAAACAAACAACAAACAAGUCAGUCUAGUUGAACUUGAUCAAAAGAAAGUUAAGCCCCUUUUUGGCAUAAAUGUAGUAAACAAGUUCAUGAUUUUGUGGUCGAUUUACAAAUUUAAAGGACCAUUGACUGCAUAUUUUUUAUAUUUCAAUAUUAUUCGUUGCAAUCUGUCUUUAGUAUAUAUAUUUAUGUACAAAAUGUUAAACAGUUGGUUUAGAGAAUUAAUUGAUAGAGAUAUAACAUCAAUAAUGAGUGCGUCUAGCUCGUAUAAAGAUCACACUAUGACAAAAAUAUACUGGAAAUAUAGAUCUCUAGCGAAAACAUAUUAAUAAUUCAGCUCACUUCAUUAUAACUAUGCUUUGUUUGAAAUUUUGUCUUACAAUGUCAUGCAAUAUAAUGCUUGUUCUAAACUUAUGCUAUUGUGUCUGUUUUGAAAAACAUGAUUUCAGUUUAUAUUAUGUUAUGCCUAUUGUACUGUCAUUUAAUAUUGUAAAUGCUUAUGUAUAUACAUGCACAGGUUCUGUUCAUCACUUAGGUUUAUCAUAUGUUUUGAUAUGUUAUCGCAAUUAUUUAUUCUGAUAAACGAGAGGCAUCGCUAUAUUUUGUCUACAUGCAUUGGAAAUAUUGUUAACGCUGAAGUUUGCCAGAGGUUUAUGCUAAAUUACAAAAAAGUCUUUAGAGGCAUCCAAGCAAAAUAAAAUCAAGAAUGGUUUGACUUGGUCUGGUCAUGAGAGGCUUUACUUGUUCAGCAUCCCUCACAUCCCUUGUCUUAAACGCUGAACUCUGUUUAUUCAUAUAAAGUUAAUGUUGUCCAUGAUUUCAAGCCAGGCUUGCUUUCAAGUGCCACCAAACAAGAUUUAUGAAAAAAUAUGAUUUUUCAUGACAGCCAGAUCAUGCCCUUUUAUCGCUUGUUUUGCUUGGUAUAAAGGGGAUAAGUCUGAAACGUUCUGGCAGGCAUGUUGCUAUUAAAACAACGUUAGGCAAGAUGACUGGCCUUGUCCUGUACCCGGGUUAGUAGAUAGUGGGGCAUAGAUUUUAUUUGAAUUAAUUUGAAAUGUGUUUUCAGGUUUCUGAAACGUUUUAUCGCUUCAGUUUUUGCUUGGUGUAAGGGAUAAGGGGAUAAUGUUAGGCUGAAAAAAAUAAUUCGUUAUGGCAGGCAUGUCGGUGUUGUCCAGUUCCCGGGAUAGUAUACAGUAGAUAUAUUUUAUUUGAUGUAAGACCUAAUUUAAAUUUUCAUGUUUCUGUUAUCGAAACGUUAUAUUAAUAAACCAUCAACAUUUGGGUUCCUGAAACUUAUACGAGUUGAAACAUCGCAGCUAUAUUGAAUACACCUACCAAAAAACUUUCGCGAGUUGAGUUAAGGUAGAGUUCAACUAGAGUUAACAUACUCUUAUUACACACGAGUUCUACCUACGCCCUUCAUUCGCGCAGUCUGGUCAGGAUCCAUGCUGUUCGCUUUCAAAGCCUAUAGCAAUUAGAGAAACCGUUAGCGAACAGCAUGGAUCCUGACCAGACUGCGCGGAUGCGCAAGCUGGUCUGGAUCCAUGCUGGUCGCAAAGCCACUAUGUUUUUCACAUGGCGCGGCUCAUAUAUGUAUAGGCAAAACAAUUAGCUAUCAGCAGAAAUUAUUCAUCAUUUUAUGUACAGCAAUAUACCUAUGCUAUUUCGUAGCAUUUUUGUUACAAAUUUCAAUCACCUACAUCAGUUUCAUUAAGAUAUAUUGUUUUUGUAUUUGUCGGUUAUCUAAGUUUCAAUGGUAAAUUUUACAGUCAUUUAGUUGGCAGAAAAAGGUAUUCAACCUUUGUCUGGAAAAUUGUAUCUCUGAAAACUAAUAAACAAAUGUUAACUUUG